AAUUCCAACUCGAGUGAAGAUCAAAACAACAAAUUAAUUUGAAAAUUGCAUGAUUAGAAUAUGUGCGGUUGCACAAACCGAGACGAGCCGCAGAAGAACACGUAACAACGUGUUGCACCAAUGUGUGUGGAGUACAGCCUCAAUCAAUAAACGAAAGAUAACUUGAACGGCCUUCAGUUGCGGCAUGGAUCUGGUGACGACAAGUGGCGCGAUGACUGCAGCGACGGGGGAAUCCACAUCGCCGCCUUCGAGCAACGAGGCGGCAGCUGGCUCCCAGAGCGAUGCCUCCGAGGAGGAGGAGUAUCUGGAUAACAGCAUCGAACUGCGCGGUUACCUCAGCAAGUGGACGAAUUACAUCUACGGCUGGCAGCCGCGCUACAUUGUGCUCAAGGACGGCACCUUAUCCUACUACAAAUCCGAGUCCGAGUCGGAUUUCGGCUGCCGCGGUGCCAUCAGCCUGACGAAGGCAACCAUUAAGGCGCACGAGUCGGAUGAGCUGCGCUUCGAUGUGGUGGUUAAUAACCUCAACAACUGGUGCCUGCGUGCCGAGACCAGCGAGGAUCGCAUGCACUGGGUGGAGGUGCUGCAGCUGUACAAGGAGGACACCGGCAGCACGGACACCACCUCGCUGCGGCGGCACGGCAGCACCAUGUCGCUGCAGUCCAACACCAUUUCGCUGACCAGCGGCGGAAGCCUCAAGAAGACCCAACGCAAUCUGCGCGAGAAGGUCGGCGAGUUGGAGACCUUCAAGGACAUUCUUUUCGGGCAGAUAGAGACGCUGCAGCGCUACUUUGAUGCCUGCUCCGAGCUGAACAAGAGCAAUGCACAGCCACUGGACCUGGGCGACGGUCUCAAGUGCAUUGAUUUCAAGGGUGAAUCCAUCACGUUUCGUGCCACAACAUCCGGCGUGCUGACUACCCUGCAACAUUGCCUGGAAAUCAUAGCCGAGAGCGAUGAGUCAUGGAAGCGAAAACUGGAGCGUGAAAUUGAUAAGCGACGGCGCUCGGAGGAGCAAAAUAAGCGAUCCAAGGACGAAAUCGAGAGGCUGAAACGCCUGUCAUAUCCUGGGCCAGAUUUCGAGGAGGGUCCACAUUCCACAUUGCCGGAGGAUGAGUUCUUCGAUGCUGUUGAAACGGGCCUGGACAAAAUCGAGGAGGACAUGCAGCUGCGCUUCAAACUGAAACUGCAGUCCCAAAUCUCACAGACGCUGGUGAAUGUGCCGCACGAGGCAGUGGCCGAGGGCGAGGAGGCACGCGAGGAGUUCGGCACCGGUGCAGAGGCCAAAUGCCAUGCCCUGUGGCCCGAGAUUGAUCGCGUUUGCAAGGAGCAACUGCACUAUGCACGCGAGGGCGUCGGCCAGGAUGGCAAUGGCUGGCAAAUCUUUGCGGACGAGGGCGAAAUUAAAAUGUACAAACGCGAGGAGGAAGUCAAUGGCCUGGUGAUGGAUCCCCUGAAGGCCUACCACUCGGUCCAAGGUGUGACUGCUCGUGAAAUGUGCCAUUACUUCUUUAUGCCUGAGUUCCGCAACGAUUGGGAGACUACCCUGGAGGACUGCACAAUUCUGGAGAAAAUCUCAGCAGACACAUUGCUCUUUCUGCAAACGCAUAAACGCAUCUGGCCGGCCAGCCAGCGGGAUGCACAAUUCUGGUCGCAUAUGCGCAAAAUCACCGACAAUCUCGAGCCGGGCGCACGGGACAUGUGGGUGGUGUGCAAUAACUCCACGGAGUAUUCCAAGCAAGAGUCCAAGAAUGGCAAAUGUGUGCGCAUCUUCCUCACCGUCAUACUGUCCUGCCAAACCCACUUGCCCGACGACUAUGUCAAGGGUCAGCCAUUGAAUCGCAAUGAUUUAACCUGCAAAAUAACCUACUGCUCCGUGGUGAAUCCUGGUGGCUGGGCACCGGCGAGUGCUCUGCGCGCUGUGUACAAGCGCGAGUAUCCCAAGUUUCUGAAACGCUUCACUGGCUAUGUAAUAGACCAGUGCAAGGACAAGCCGAUUAUGUUCUGAUAUUUGCCAUAAGCAACAAAGCAAUCAAACACCAAUCAAAGUUGAAACGUAUCCAUGUAUUUAGCGUAAAGUUAUUCCUUAAGAUGCCAGCCCAGCCACAGUCUGGGAUCGUUUUUUGCUACAUCUCCGAAAACCCCAAAAACCC